UUAUUUAAAGGUAUUUUGUGUGAUAAGCAGAAGAUGGUCCCAAUACUACUUGCACAGAUUUUCUUCAACCAAGGCAUUCUUUAUCCUGAGCCCUUGGAGUCCAGUUCGGUGUUUUGCUGUCCGAGUCGCAACACACAGUUUCUUCGACUACUUUGUCAUGAUAACAAUUUUGGUUAAUUGCGUUUUCCUGGCAAUGACUAAUCCAAUAGAAGAAACAGAAUUUGUUUUUCUGGCUAUCUACACCAUGGAAAUGAUCGUUAAAUCUGUAGCAAGAGGAUUUAUACUUUCACAGUAUACAUACUUACGUAAUCCUUGGAAUUGGUUGGAUUUCAUUGUUGUCUUGGCAGGGUAUAUCACCUUGGGUGUGCAGGCGUUUGGAAUGGUGGAAAUAGGAAGUUUGGCUGGAUUGCGAACUUUUAGGGUCCUUAGAGCCUUAAAAACCAUGUCAGUAAUGCCAGGUGUGUGGUCUUGUCCUGCUCCAUUCUUAUGUCGAGACGAUGUGGGAGAAAAUCCAAAUUAUGGUUACACCAAUUUUGACACGUUUGGCUGGUCAGUUCUAACAACACUGCAGCUAAUCACUGUGGACUAUUGGGAAGAUGUUUAUAAUAAGCUCAUUGCUGCCACUGGUCCAGCUAGUGUACUGUUCUUUACAGUAGUCAUCUUUUUUGGGUCUUUCUACCUAGUCAACUUAACUCUGGCUGUUGUGGCUAUUGCUUAUGAAGCUGAAGCUGCCAGUACAAAAACAAUAACUCAGGUCAAGGAAUCAGAAUGCAAGAAAAUGCUUUCUCCACUUGCAUCUUUGCUCUCGAGAUUCAGAUCUAAGUCUAACUCUCUGGAGGAACCACAGCAACUGAUUGUAACUAAUACUGAGCAUGAUUUAACAUCAUCUCUUAGUCUCGGUAUGCAUGAGGAUUCUGAUUCUAACCAAGAGCCAUUAUACUCUACCUCUGAUGGGGCUUCGUCUUUAAUCCCAUCAGGGCCUUGGAGUCCAGGCAACUUUUCACUUUCCAGUGAAACUGUGGGUGAGUCGCAUCCAUUUGGUGUUGCACCUGACUUGGUGAUGAGUGUGGGGGAGCAUCUUCCUAGCAGACGUACUCACUUUCAAAGAUGGAAACUCAGGCGACAGUUACAUGUGGAUGAUUCUAGUAUAUCGGGGCUUGAGGAUAAUAGUAAUAUAAGGACACAACCUAGACAAGCAUGGAAUGACAUUCAGGCAAAGAAUAGGUGCUUUGAUACAGCAUAUGUCUCUUUGAAAAUGGUUCGGAAGUAUCUCCAGCUCGUUGUUGAACAUCCUUUGUUUGAGUUGAGUAUUACUUGUUGUAUCGUACUCAACACAGCUUUGCUUGCUUCUGAGCACCAUGGAAUGCCCUCUAGUAUGGCAUACACUCUCAGCCUUGGAAACUUGGUCUUUACUGUAGUUUUUGCCAUAGAGGCUCUCAUCAAACUAGUUGCCCUUGGAGUAAAGUUCUUCUCUUGUAAGUGGAACAUAUUUGACCUGAUAAUUGUUGCAGUGAGCCUUGCAGACUUAGCCCUCGAAACUGUUAGUGGUUUGUCAGUUCUCCGCAUGUUUCGUUUGCUUAGAGUUUUGAAACUGGCUCGUUCCUGGCCAACGAUGCGGCUGCUUCUGAAAAUUGUAAUCAAGACUCUUGGAGCUGUUGGUCACAUGACCAUUGUGCUGGCAUUAGUCAUCUAUAUUUUUGCUGUCCUUGGAAUGCAGCUCUUCUCAGAUAUUUACACUGCAGAAAGAUUUGCUCCUCAUCCUAUCCCAAGGUGGAACUUUACAGAUUUUGUUCAUUCUCUCCUGAUGGUGUUCAGAGUUCUCUGUGGGGAGUGGGUUGAGUGUCUUUGGGACUGUAUGAAGGCGUCCAGUUAUAAACGAGAACUGUGUAUUACAUUCUUUGUAUCCACUCUCCUAGUGGGUAACUUUCUUGUACUAAAUCUUUUUCUUGCUUUGCUGUUGAACUCCUUUAACAGUGAGGGUCUGAGAGAGGGGGAGGGACAAACCAGUUCAACUAUAAUUUCAACACUGACAAAAAAAAUAAAUGGACUUUUGACCUAUUGUUCUUGCAAACGAGAAGCUGAAGGAGUAGUUCCAGAAAUCAGGAUCCAAAGUCCAACCCCCACAAGUUGUAAAUCCAUAGAAGAAUUGGAACAGGGGACAACGAGUCCAGAAGAGGAAUCAUUGUUUGUUCCACCUGCUGUAAGAUCGUCACCUCCACCUCAGGAACAGAGAGAUGAGACAGUAGCUCAGGGAUCAAACCUCAGACAUUGUGAGGGAGAUGUUGUUAAGAGGAUAUUCAUCCACAGAGUAAGGAGAUGCAUACAGCGAGUUGUCGACAACAAGAUAUUUGAAUGGCUGGUGUUUCUAGUUAUUUUUGCCAGCAGUCUCCUGUUGUGUUUUGAAGAUGUCUACUUAGCAGAACGACCAAUGUGGCAGUUAAUUAUAGACAAACUCAACUUGGCUUUUACUGUUUUCUUUGUUAUUGAGAUGCUGCUACAGUGGGGAGCCCAUGGUUUUAUUGUAUAUUUCACCAGCCUCUGGACUAUUCUGGAUUUUUCUAUAGUAUGUGUUUCAGUAUUGAGUUUGUUGUUACAGACCACUGGCACAGGUGGACUGUAUGCGUUAAGAGUUGUUCGUGUAUUACGAGCUCUUAGACCUCUUCGGGCAAUCUCUCGAUGGCAAGGAAUUAAGAUUGUUGUUAAUGCUCUGAUGUCAGCUAUUCCAUCAAUAUUCAAUGUGCUUCUUGUCUGUGUUGCCUUCUGGUUGAUUUUUGGUAUAAUGGGGGUCCAGCUAUUUGGGGGACAUUUUUAUACAUGUGUCAAUCAAAAGGGUCAGAGAUUGUCACCAGACGUCACUGCUAAUAUUUCUCAAUGCUUGGAAUUAAACUACACGUGGGUUAAUGCCCCAAUCAAUUUUGACAACAUUGGUAAUGCAUACCUGGCUCUGUUCCAAGUGGCUACCUUUGAAGGCUGGAUGGAAGUUAUGACGUAUGCUAUGGACACAACUUCAAUAGGUAAUCAGCCCUAUCAUGAGGCCAACAUACCAGCAUGUCUUUACUUUGUCAUCUUCAUUGUGUGUGGUUCUUUCUUUACACUCAACCUUUUUAUAGGAGUCAUCAUUGACAAUUUUAAUCUGCUAAAAAAGAAGUAUGAAACUGGUGUUUUGGAAAUGUUCUUAACAGAGAACCAACGUACUUAUUACACGGCAAUGAAAAAGCUUGGGCGUAAGAAGCCUCAACGAAUCAUUCAGAGACCACAAAGGCAGCUGUUGGCUUAUUGUUACGAUAUUUCUAUGAGCCGUAGGUUUGAGCUGCUUGUGUUUCUUCUAAUUUUACUGAACAUGACAGCUAUGGCUUUCGAGCACUACCAGCAGUCACAUACAAUGACAUUAGUCUUGUGGGGACUUAAUAUCUUAUUUACUGCCACCUUCACUUUAGAAGGAAUUAUAAAAAUUCUCGGCCUUGGAAGACAUUACUUUACCGUAUCAUGGAAUGUGUUUGAUUUUUUUAUUGCACUAACAUCUGUUAUUGGUGUAAUUUUUGAAGAAGCUUUGGAUUCGUUAGGUUUCAGUCCCACCCUUUUGAGAGUCAUCAGGCUCUUUAGGAUUGGUCGUGUAUUACGGCUAAUCAAAGCUGCAGAUGGAAUUCGUAAACUUCUUUUUGCCCUUGUUAUUUCAUUGCCUGCUUUAGUCAACAUUGGUGCUUUGUUAUUACUCAUAAUGUUUAUUUAUGCAAUCAUUGGGAUGUCCCUGUUCAGCCACGUAAAGAAGGGUGGUGCUCUGACGGAGUAUGUGAACUUUGAAACAUUUGCUAAAAGCAUGUUGCUGCUGUUGAGACUUACUACUUCGGCAGGCUGGAACGACGUUCUCCAUGGUUUGAUGGUUGAGCCACCCGACUGUGAUAUGAACUACAAAAACCUUCCAAAUGGGAACUGUGGAUACCCCUUGGUGGCCGUGAUGUACCUGGUGAGUUACAUAAUCAUUAGCUUUAUGAUUGUUAUUAACAUGUACAUUGCUGUCCUGUUGGAGAACUUAAAUCAGGCAACUCAGGAACAAGAAGUAGGAAUUACGGAAGAGGACGUUGAGAUGUUUUACGUUUGCUGGGCACGUUACGACCCUCGGGCUACCCAGUUUAUUCAACUGGAUCAAGUGUUGGACUUUGUUGCAAAUCUGGGUCCUCCAUUGGGUAUUCCUAGACCAAACAGACCAGCAUUGGUUGCUAUGGAUUUGCCCGUUUCUCGGGAAAAUAAGGUCCACUGUCUAGAUGUGCUCCACGCUCUCACCAAGUUAGUGUUGGGACACGUGGAUGACACAGAGGAGUUCCGAAAGUUACAGAGGCAGCUGGAUCAGCACUGGUUCCAGAAGACUUUUCCAACUCGUAGGAAGGUAGAGAUUGUCACCAGCACCUUGGAAAUGAAGAAAAGAGAAAAUGCUGCCCGUGUGAUUCAGAGAGCUUUCAGACAUUCUCGUUUAAAAAAAUAAUCAGUCUGCAUGUAUUCUUCCAAUCAUCAGGAAAGAUUAAACUUAACAUGAUUACAAACACACAGUUAGUUAAGGAAUUGCUUCUGUUGACAAUAGAAAUUUUGUAUUUUUAGCAUCAUUAUCAAAAUGCACAAGAAAUAAAAACAACAAAUUUUGCUUAAUGAGUCAUUUUGCUCAGUCGUGUUGUUCCUUAUUUUAAAGAUGUAUAGUUAUUGAACUGUUGUUAAAAUAUUUUUGAAAGAAACAACACAUCCUCACAAUAGAUAAAGAAGUACAAAAUUUAUGCCUUAUUAUUCAAGUAUUGCCCAAACAUUUUUAACAGCUUGAUGGUAAGUUAUGGUAACCAAGUGCAUGCUCAUCAUGUCAAAGAUUCAUAAAUAUUAAUCACCUGUACAAAAAUGGUUAAGUUUGUAUAAUCAUUAAUAUCUUCAGUUAAAUUGCACAUGUGUAAUAUUUUUGUCAUAAGCCUAUUUUUCUGGUUGUUUUAUUGUAACAACUACCAUUCUUACCAAAUUUUGUU